AUUUUUUUUCUUAGUAACUUACUUUUUAUUUAAUGAGUCUAGUGAAUCUACUGGUUCGGCUUGUCCGUCAGUAUUCAAGAGGGGGCUCAGGCUCGUCCCGUAGGAACGGUACAGGUACCGUCCUUCGGUCGAAGCCAGGGAAGGCAUUGCAAGCGCCGCCAACAUCAACCAAAAAGACGACACUGUCAAAGAAUAACCAAUCAAAGGAAUCAAAUCAACUGUUCCUGUUUGGACAUUUCUCUGGUUUACAACAACCAACACGUCAACUGCGUGAAACUUCAAGUAAGGUGAUUGAAAAAAUUACCAAUUUUGAAGAGUUGAGAAUCUUUCCUUCAGUUAGAGCUGCUAUGAAGGAAGAGAUUAAACAUGGGUAUAAUUUGAAAAGCACAUAUAUAAAGGACAAGGAGGAAUUGGCUCUCAGACCAUCUCCAGUCCAAAUUGCUGCUAUUCGUAAAUUGACUCAACCAAGACUCACCAAGUUGAAGAAACAAGAGGAAUUGGCAAAUGGAAGUAACAAAAUUCUUAAUGAAUUGGCUAAACAAAACGAAUUGAAUAAGUUGAAAGUGUUUACCAUUGCUGCUGAAACUGGAUCGGGUAAAACUUGGGCAUAUUUGGCUCCAUUACUUUCUAAAUUGAAGGAAGAAGAAAUGCAAGCUUUCCAUAGAUCCAAGGAGGAAUACGCCAAGUAUAAGAAGGCUGCAGCUGUUAGAUCCGUCAUCUUGCUCCCAACUCACGAGUUAGUGGAACAAGUUUAUGAUACUGUUAACAGAGCUGCAACCAUCCGAAUCAAUGCUCAAUCUAAUAUCAAUCAGAAACUUCUUCAAAGCCCGGAGUAUAAGGAGUUCUUGGAACAACCAGAUCAACAACAUGCACUCAACUUGAAUGUAGUGAAAUGGGGUGCUGGUGAUGCACACACGAAAUUGGUUGAAGCUUCUAAAUCAGGCAGAAUUGAUGUGUUAGUUACUACACCAAGUAAGUUGAUUUCGCUCGCCAAUAUCAAUAAGAUGUCUAAUCCAUUUAGAAUGUUUUCACAUGUUGAAUAUUGUGUGAUAGAUGAAGCUGAUACCUUGAUGGAUAAGUCAUGGUUACUUGAUACAAGUGCAGUGAUCAAAAGAUUUCCUAAAUGUAAAGACUUGGUCUUUUGUUCUGCAACAAUUCCUCGUGAAUUCAACAAGACUUUGGAAAAGAUGUUCCCUGGAGAACAUUCACUCAUUAAUAUUGUUACACCAUCUUUACAUAAGAUCCCUAAAAAGAUUCAUCUUAAGGUUAUCGAUGCUGAGCUUUCGCCAUAUAAUGGGUCUAAGACUAGAUGUCUUGCACAAGCUUUGUAUGCUAUCCAUAAGGAUGGAACUGAAGAAGGGUUUGUUAAGAGAAUUUUAAUUUUUGUUAAUGAGAAAAAGGAUGUCGAACCACUUGCAGAAACUUUGAUUAAAAAAUAUGGUCAAAGAGAACAAGAUAUUGUGGGGAUUACUGGUAAAGACUCCCCACAACAACGGUUAGCCAAAAUCGAACCAUUUCUCCAACCUGCGGAGUUACUUGCUAACGAUCCUAAUGCUAGCAAGAUUAAGGUUUUAAUCACGACUGAUUUACUUGCCAGAGGGUUAAAUUUUGUUGGAAUAAAGAAUGUCAUCUUAAUGGAUUUACCAAAUACUUCUGUUGAUUUGGUUCAUCGUGUUGGGAGAACAGGCAGAAUGAGACAAUCUGGAAGGGUCUUUGUUAUUAUUAAUAAGAAGACCGGAAAGAGUUGGAUUAAGGGAUUACCUAAAGUAAUCAAAAAGGGUAUUCCUUUGGGUUAAAUAUAGAUAAUAAUUGGGGAUAUAAAAUAAGGAUACAUGGAUAUAUAAAAAUUAUUAAUUCUUUGAUGAAAUGACCACUUGUACAUAGAUAAAAAAUUAUUGGAAAUACAUCUUAGAG